CAGGAUAAUGAAGUGGACUGUAUUGGUGUGGGCACGAACCUGGUCACAUGCCCCUUACAGCCCUCGCUGGGCUGUGUCUAUAAGCUGAGCCAGGUUGAUGGAGAACCUCGGAUCAAAGUGACAGAAGAGGAAGGGAAAAUGACUCUCCCGGGGAAGAAAGCCGUUUACAGACUGUACGGCCCUGACGGAAGCCCCUUCCUCGAUCUCCUGACUCUAGCGGAGGAGCCAGAGCUGAGGGCCGAUGAGGAGAUCAAGUGUUACGCUCUGACCGGGCGAUGCGCUGGUUUCUGGGUGACGGCUGCGCAAGUGGAGACUCUCCACCGGGUUUACUACCAACACGGCCAGAUUUGUGAAAGCCUCUGUACAACAUCAGAGAUCAGGAGGCACGCACAGAGCUCCUUAAACAACCUCGCUCCAAAAUACAAGCAUCUUCACGAUCCUGCUCCCUACCAGGGUGUGAUUGGCAACAAUGCCCUCGUCUGGUAAGAAAGAGACGAAAUAUUGCUACUUCAUUCUGGUAGAGGACCUGUCCAUUCAGAGCCGGGUCUUUCCUGCUGGCAACAUCGCCAUCAUUCCAGAGGCCGACUACCUGCAGAAUGAGGCUGCGGAGCUGGGCCGCAGAGCCAAGUUCCAUCUGGUGGAGGCGGAUGUGUACCUUACCCUGGAGGUGGCCAGUCUGCGCCUGCUCACUGAGCAGGAGGCUGGCUUUCUACAGGCAGUCAGUCCCUCGGCCCAGCGCCUAAACCUCUACCUGGAGAAGACAGCUCUGCAAAGCGCACAGCAGCUCCAUGUCCACGAUCCCGUCACUGUCGACUACAAAUCCCUCUCGCUGCCUGGAGUCAUCGCUUACAUCGGAAGCAUCUGUGACAGUGCGAAGCUUUCUGGAACAUUCUUCGGAAUAGAGUUACAGGUGGAAGUGGAAGAGGAUGGGAAAAAUGAUGGAACGUUUGGCGGGAAGCAAUACUUCCAGUGCAAGAGAAGUCACGGCAUCUUUGUGCCGUUCAACAAAGUCAGGCAGCGCAGGAGCAUCGGAGAGGCGGGACAGUGCGUGGGCCCGGUAGACGGGAAGGCGGAGGAUCCACCGAGGGAUCACCCAGUCGGUCCCGGUGACCGAGUGGUCGUCUACAUGGAGGAGAGGGCGGAAAGGGGGGUGGUGAUCGAUGUCAUCGACAGAGGCUCAGCCGUGCUGGUCAACUUUGAGUCGGACCAGGUGAAGGGAGAGGAACUGAAGAUGCCAUUGACGGUACCGCUGUCUUCCGUCAUAAGAGAAGAUCUGCUUCGACCUGCCGGCAAAAUGCACCCCUGUGCCCCCAGAGAUGGUGAGCUCUUGGUGGACGGGGGUUUCACACGAGUGCCCCUGGAAAACGGAGGGAGCCGGUCGGCGCACUUCCUGGGAGUUAGCUCCGUCGUACAAAUCGACAUGGGCAAAGGUCAGCUGAUGACUGGAGUGAUCCGGUGGAUGGGUUACCUCCCUGAGAUGGUGGGGGAAAUCGCUGGUGUCGAGCUGGAUGAAGACCGAGGGCUGUCCGACGGGACCUGGAAGGGACGCCGGUAUUUCCAUUGCGCUCCGAAAAGAGGGAUCUUUGUCCGAUUGGAAUCCUGUCGGCCGGACACCCGUUUCCAGUCUCUCCUCAUCACCUCGGAGAACUCCCAAGAUCCGGGGCAGAGCUGGAACCCGGAGAGCAGCGUGGUCCCCAUUGUUACCCCUCCCCCGAGGAAUGAGGAGGCAGUGCGGGUCCUCGAGGGCCGGAUGCGUGGGAUUCAGGGGCACUGCAAUUCCUGCUACAUGGAUACUGCCCUCUUCAGAUCACAAGGCGAGACACAAAUCGAUCAGCUGAAAGAAAACCUCUCAAAGAAGUUCUCUGAGUGGAGGAAGAGCCUGGAGGAGGAUGAAGACUAUGCCAAUAAAAUGAUUGAAGAGGAGGGGAUGAAGGUGUUGACAAAGAGCACCAACUGCUUUGAUGAACUGAACAACCAAAUGCAUCUAAUUAGGCUGAUAGAUGAUGAAACUCAGAAUCUGGUCCAUAUGGAUCUACUCUCAUUUAUUCAGACGAUAUCAGUACCAGAUCCAACAGACGGAUAUCAGUACCAGAUCAAACAGACGGAUAUCAGUACCAGAUCCAGCAGACGGAUAUCAGUACCAGAUCCAGCAGACGGAUAUCAGUACCAGAUCCAACAGACGAUGUCAGUACCAGAUCCAACAGAGGGAUAUCAGUACCAGAUCCUACAGACGGAUAUCAGUACCAGAUCCUACAGACGUAUAUCAGCACCAGAUUCAACAGACGGAUAUCAGUACCAGAUCCAACAGACGGUAUCCGUACCAGAUCCAACAGACGAUACCAGUACCAGAUCCUACAGACGGAUAUCAGUACCAGAUCCACCAGACGGAUAUCAAGUUGCUGACACACAGAAUAAACCAGAUAUAAAUAUUCCGAAGCUGAUCCUGAAUCUGUACAAUGCACCUGAAUUUAUCAAGGAGCGGAUGAAUAAUUCUUUCACCUACCAAUCAGCCAUUCUGGGGACUACAAAUCAGUGGUCACUGCUGACUCUGGAUCCGGACUCGGCCUACUGGCUCCUGAAUGUCUCCGAGGAUGAGAAGACAGUGAUGUUUGGCUACAUGGGCGAGAACUCAUGGCACAACUCGAACAUGUUUGAGAACAUGCACCAGAUCCUGUGCUCUCAGAGUUUCACGGCUGGCUGCCACUCCUGGGAUGUGAAGACCGGUGGCAUUGCCUGGGGGGUGGGAGUGGCCUACGGGUCUAUAGACCGGGGAGGGCUGGAGUCUUAUUUCACCAACAGCACUAAGUCGUGGUGUUUAUAUUUCUACCGCGGGUUUCUGACAGCUUGUCAAAAGAACCAACAGACUUACCUCCUGAAGUACCCGGCCAUUAGCAGGAUGCGUGUCCGACUGGAUUACGAGGCUGGCACAGUGUCUUUUUACCAGGUCCCAUCGUGUCUCAUCGUACAGAUGCCUCGCUUCGGGAAGAAUUACAAAAUGUUUGAGAAAAUCAUUCCAUCUCUGGAGCUGGAUAUCACGGACCUGCUGUGGGACAGUCCCAGGGAAUGCUGCCUGUGCGGAGAUCUGGCCACUCAGGAAUGUGAGGAGUGCUUCAAGGACAAAGUGUUCUCGAAAACGGGACUCAAGCAAUUCUGUGACAUCUGCUGGCACCAGGUUCACUCCCACCCCUCCAGGCACAGCCACCGCUCCAUACAGCUGGAAUGCCCACAUGGCUUCACUCGCUCUGGGAAGAGUCAGGUGCCGCGGGAGAAGAUGCAGCUCUUUGCUGUGCUCUGUAUCGAGACCAGCCACUACGUCUCGUUCAUCAAAUACGGGCCAGAGGACCACCACUGGAUGUUCUUCGACAGCAUGUCUGACAGACACGGUGGCGAGAGCGGGUACAACAUCCCCACGGUGACGCUGUGCCCGGAAGUGGCAAAAUACACCCAGCGCUCAGCCGCCCAGUUGGCCAAAGAGAACCCGCGGGACAUGGAGGGUGUGGCCAAACGCCAGCUGUGUGAUGCCUACAUGUACCUGUACGAACACCCGCGCAUGGCCGUCUACAAGUGAGCAGCACUCCCCCCAUUGCCCAGCACCGGGGUAGGGGCUGGUGGAGGACGGUGGUGGGGGGGAGAUGCAAAUAGGGGAGGGUGGGCUUUACUGUACCAGGAGAACCAAUCGAGACAGCCGUCCCAUGUCGACCUUGCUGCUGGGGGGAGGGGGGUUGGUGAGAUUUGGAGGGGGAUUAUCAGGUUGGAUGGGGAUGGCUGUGGGUCAGCAAUGUGGAGGGUCAGAGGGGAGGUUACCCCAAGCGAGUUUGGGUUUGGCUUUGAGCUCCCGCUGUGGGCUUAUCCAGCAAGCGUGCAGCUUUCUCUGCACACGCUAGCCUUUACCUCCUGCCCCGCACAGCUUUAGCGCCACAUUUAAAAAGCUUCUGACAGUCUCCUGUUUCCGGAAGCCUUCUCUGUUCCAAUUAGUUCACUGGUGCCGUGGCCAGCACUGGCAGAGCCAGCUCCUCGUUGCUUUUGAGAACUUGUCGGCCGUCAUGUUCUGGUUGGAAGUGGAAGCUGACAUUUGUGUUUUCCUAUUGGCGUUUAUUUGCAGAGUCCCCCCACCCCGAGCACUAUUUCAGUCUGCUGCUGUUUAGGUGAGAGUAUAUCAAACCCCUCUCAAUGGAACACCACCAAAUAACAUACAAUUAACAACAGCAAGCUUUUGGGCUCUGGUAGUACGUUGGUGAUAUCCUACCUCGAGACCAGAAGGUCCAGGUUAAGUCCCAUCUCAGGACGUGUUGUUCCAGUGGUGUUUCAUAACUGGCCUGAACAAAAUAUUUACAGCAUUGAUCCCCCACUUUGAAAUGCUGCUGUGUUUGAUGAAGACGUUUCUAUGCGUUGGUGAGCACACAUCCCAAAGUCAGGUCUAACGACCAGCAUUUAAGAACAAACUUUUGUCAUGUGCGCGAUCGCCUUAAAAUGGUGAGAGUCACUGUUUUAUUAAAGACCCCCGUGACACUGUUUGGGAUGGCUUAGACCCAAUGAUGAUGUAGAACCAGCCAAUAUGUUCAAACUAGAAAUAGGAGUAGGCCAUUCAACCCCUCAGGUCUGCACCACCAUUCAAUAAGAUCAUGGCGGAUCCGAUUGUAAUCUCAAACUCACUGAUAACCUUUCACCCUCCAGCAAGAAUCUAUCGAUCUCUGCCUUAAUAAUAUUGAAGAACUCUUCUGCCACCAUCAUUUCAGGAAGAGAGUUUCAUACACUUCUUUUUU